AUGGCCUUCAUCGCACAGAAGGGCGCCGCCAGCCGAGGCAACAGACGCCAAACGCAGCGUGCGGAAGAGGUCACCCCAGUAGGCAGCUUUUCAGAAUCGUUUCGUGUCUCCUCACUAGCUGCUCAUCAAGGGCAUCGGAAUAGCGCUCGCGAUGCGAAAGCGGGCAAGACUCAGAAUACGGCGCAGGAUGCUUCUACUUCGACACCGGAUUGGAGCAUCAUCUUUCCUGGUCGGAGCUCAGUUGCUGCGCCCACACUCAGUCAUAGUUCAGCAAGUGCUCUUGUAGCUACUACGACCGAAUCUCGAGCUACUACGGCUGGUGAUGGCUUGGACGAGAAAGCUGAUGUCUCCAACCUUGCCGAUGAGCAGCGUCGUUCUGUAGAUGAAAGUGCUGAAGCAGGAGCCAGCGGUCUGACUCUCACAAUGCCUGCUUGGCAUGAAGACACUGGACGAUUCCUCAGCAGGCGCACAGUCGCACCUGCUUUCGACGCAGACGAUGAGGCGGACUUGGAAGACGAGCCAGACUUGAACACAACGGCAACGCAAUCCGGUGCGGCACGUGCUGCUCGAUCGGAACAGUGGAUGCUCGAAUCUCUAGACUCUCCGUCCAUCUUUGGCUCGGAACAUCCCAGCAUCUUUGUGGAAGAGAGCCGAGCCGAGCUGUAUGGCUCCAUAGCCCUGCCAUCCGAGUCAUCAGCUUCCAACGUGGCACGUGGUAGUGGGGGCAAGUCAGCAGCAGGUUCAAGAACAGAGGGUGAUGGCUACGCAUCAGACCUGCACUUCCCUGAAGUUCCAGACAGGUCUGCUCCAGGCAAAAGCGCACCACGCGGUGCUAGUCAGGAAGCCGUGUGGUCGUGGGCAGCAGUUCAGCGGGGAACAUCCCUCCUCCGUUCAGCUUCCGAGACGCAUUUGACGUCUUCGGAGGAUGAGGUGGACGACUUCCACGACAUGACAGCAUCGCAGCUCCAGCUCAAGCGAGACAACGAUGCCAGCGACGCUCAUUUCGAUGCGCUCCUGGACGCAACACCAGCAGCACAGAGUGCAGGGAUAGGAUCAAAGCCAUUCAAACGGCGUCACAGGAAAGCUGGGGGCAGCGAGAGGUCUAAACGGAGCGCCACGGAAACGAGCAGAAGUGCUAGCGUGGCACGGAUGCGGGACGCUCGGCCGCGCAGGCCAGCUACGCGGCGAAAUGCGUCGAGCCGCCGCGCCGCUCACGCAAGCUCAGCGAAGCACACAGAAGCCGCCUCACAGAGCGUUGGCAAGCGGUUGCUCCGCAAAGUUUUCAGUCGUUUGUUCAGUGCAGACGCGGAGCUGCUGGAUGCCUUGUUGAACGACAGCGGUCCUUUGGCGGUGGACCAGGGAGAGGUCGAGCAUUUCGAAAACUUGCGCAUGUCGAGUCGCUACGCUAGAGGCACGGAUCGUCAGGCAUUCGAGCUCGAUCUAGAGUCUUUGCCACGAAGGCCACCCAGAAUGCGCAUGCUUCUCGACGGGCGUGAGGUUGAAGAUCUGACAGAGGAGGAGGAUGAAGGGGAUGACGAGGAAGAAGGCAAGGCUGCUGAACGGCCUGCCAGCGAGCACAAGAUCUUCCCACAGCGACCUUUGGCCCCAUCAAGCGCUGCGCUCGCUACAGCAUUGGAGCUUGCAAGACGACGACGGUCCUCUUCUGUAGCUUCUGGAUCUCCGCUGUCUCGAGAGCCCGAACCCACCACACUGGAAGCUUUGCAAGCUGCGCUGAUCCACAAUGGCAUUCUGCGUGUCCCAACGCCCCUUCGGAUUCUCGGCGAACUAGCUCGAGCCCUUCAAGAUGCGGUUUGGGGAGAGGCUGUUGUGAAUGACAGCCUGUCCAAUGUGGAUACUCGAGAACUCGAAGAAGCGCUCAAGCAGCGCAAAGGCUCUACCUUGCUGCAUGAUUCUGAGGACGAGCAAGAUGGCGAUGUGGCGCACUAUGCACACGAGCGGACAGGCUCAGACGGUGCGCUGGCAGGAGAUUCGGGCACUCGGUUGUCGGCGCGCAGACUGAGCUUGGGACAUGGUCUUCAGACCGUACCUCGAGCUUGGAACGGCAAUGUGCACCCCAGUCUUCGAGGGCGCUCCACGUUUGCGAUAGAGCAAGGAGCUCCUGCCAUUGAAGGCUGA